CUUUGGAUGACUACCCUCCCAUACUGAUUCGUGCCCGUCCCAUCAGCCAUGCUACAGCUGCCUGACCUACUCAUCUCUGUCAACACGCACCUCGUCCUCGGGAGACUUCAGGGAGACUUCAUGGGCACGCACAUUGACAAGUACGGUCCUCUGAUCGCCGUUCGUUCAGGGACUGAGAAAAUCGUUUACAUCGGCCGCCAAAAAGCCGCGGUGGAUAUCAUGGAGAAGCAGAGCGGAUCGGUAACUGAUCGUCCUCGUCUGAUUACUACUGGAGAUUUAUUCUCCGGCGGACAGGUCCUCGUUUUUGUACCCUUUGGGGACAAAUUCCGUCAGAUGCGUAUUCGUAACCUGCGACACUGGGGGGGCUUAAACUAUUUGACUUCACUGUGA